UCCAAGGUUGGAGUUUUAUUAAAUUCUACAUCACUGUCUAAUUUUGAGGCUCUCAAAAAAGUGUCAAUGAAGUUAAGUUGCAUCGGAAAUCUAAUCCUUUGAAUUUUUGGCGGUCUUUGAAGGUCACGACAGUUCGUAUGUUGCCUCCUUUCGAAGGUUCAAACGUGAACGCCCAUUCUACAAAGACGACAGAGAAUAUUGAUACUGAUCAGUUUGGAUCAGAAAAGGCUACAAACUCAUCACAAUUCCUUAAACGAUCUAAGAUUAAAUGGACUAUCAGUGACAUCGAUAUCGGAAGAAAACUGGGUGAGGGUCGCUUUGGCUCCGUUUAUCUUGCCCGAGAGAAAGCUAGCCGAUUUGUCAUUGCUCUAAAGAUCUUGUCAAAAUCUCGACUUGUAAGUCAAGAGCUGAUGAAACAGGUUCAGCGUGAAAUUGAAAUACAAUCUCACUUGAAGUAUGUGUCUUAUUCAGUCGUUUCUUACAAACAGACAUCCGAAUAUUGUUCGUAUGUAUAGCUAUUUUUACGAUACCAAACGUAUAUAUAUGGUGCUCGAGUAUGUACCCAGAGGUGAACUUUCAAAAGAAAUCAGUCGUUUAGGUCACUUUGGGGAUGUCCGUGCCGCAACGUAUGUAUACCAGCUUUCAAAAGCUCUAUCUUACUGUCAUCAAAAUGAUGUCAUACAUCGGGACGUAAAACCAGAGAAUAUACUACUUGGGGCUCGUGGUGAAGUAAAAAUUGCUGAUUUUGGCAGUUCAGUACAUCUACCUGCUUCUCGACGCAUGACGACUUUCGGUACACUCAACUAUUUGGCCCCAGAAAUGUUUAACUUGGAGUGCGUCCAUGAUCACAGUGUAGAUAUUUGGAGUUUGGGGAUACUAACUUUUGAAAUGCUUACCGGUUACUUGCCUUUCGAUGGAGAGACCUUCGAAGAAAUCUCCGAGAAAAUUCAAACGGCUGUUGUUAUAUUUCCAAAUACAGUAACUUCAGAUGCAAAGGAACUUAUCAAUUGUAUGCUUAAAAAGUUGUCUAGUCAAAGAGUAUCCUUAAAUGAAAUUGAAAAUUAUGAUUGGAUUAAAGUAAAUUCGGAAUUUUCUGUGAGCCAAUGUAAAGCAGCCCUUCAAGAUUGGGAAAAUUCAAUUAAUCAGAAUUCUAUUUGUCCUUCAUCCUCUAGCUAUGAAAGUUCAUCUACAUUUAUCAACACGUAUUCUAACGAUUAA